UCGGUCCGAAGCCAGGCAUGUCUCGCCCGUCUGAUGAGGUGACCGUGGAAGCAGCCAGUUCGAUCAGAUCGAGGGUUCGGUAUGCUGAUCUCGUGCCUGCCGGUGUCGGAGUGUUGGUAGUCGAUGGAGAUUCCGCGACUCUAGCCAUUGCUUCGAGGAUGCUUCUUAUGUUCGGAUACAGAGUUUUCACUGCCAAAAGCGCUGGCGACGCGUUAUCCAUGAUCCAGGAAAGGCGGAGCAACCUCGACCUCAUCCUAACCGAAAUCCACUUGCCUGAUGCAGACAAGUUCGAGGUCUUAGAGAAACUAGGAAGAGUGUCCAAUUUGCCAGUUAUCAUUAUGACAGCCAAUGAUAACGAGAGCACGAUGUUAGGCGCGCUAAUAAACGGGGCCUCGCUUUAUCUUCUGAAACCGAUCAGGAAGCUCGACAUCAGAGACCUCUGGCAAAUUUCGUUCAUCUGGAAAAGAGAUCAAAUGGCACGAGGCACAGAGGGCAGUACCGAUCAGGACUCAUCUGAGGAUGAGGACGAGGACGAACCGGAGAGCCAGCCAAUUGCGAUUGGCGAGAAGCGGGGUGAAGCGAGAGCGAGAAAAGGGGACGAACUCCAAGAGGUGGAUGGAGACAACUUGCAGCUCCCCAAGAAGACUAUGCAUCUCCACAAGAAGACUAAGUUAACUUGGACUAAUGAGCUGCACGACAAAUUCUUGCGAGCGAUCCGAUAUUUAGGCAUCGACAGAGCUCAUCCAAAGACAAUUCUUCAGCACAUGAAUGUUCCUGGUCUCAGGAAAGAGAGUGUCUCAAGCCACUUACAGAAAUACCGCCGUUCCUUGAAGCGAGACCAAGACACCAUCCUGAAGACGGUGCAUCCCGAAUUGUAUCGCUUGUCAUCCCCAUCGCAUCUGCAAGGACUCCUCUCCUUUUCAGGGUCGCAUCUCCAAGCGACAGCGGCGGCAACAACUAAAGACUCUCGUCUCCAUAGCUGUUUUCAGUCAAAUCCCGGCAUUCCCCUCGUGGUGGCGCAUGAUCGAGAUCGGGAACCAUGGAACUACUACAGCAACCAGACAUCAAAUCCUAUUGCCAACCCUAUAUUCAUGCCAAGCGACCACCUAUCUCGCAGCUCCUUUCGCACUGGGGAAGAAGUUGGCGACACAGCAAACGUCCUGUCCAUAGGGAACGACUCUUGUUCGGCUGUGGGGACGCAGUCAUCGGGGACAGGAGAGCUGCCGGCACCGAACGCGGCGGCAGGGGUGCGGGAGCUGGAGGAGUACGACGUUUGGUGCGGGGACAGAAGAGGACCGCCUCUCUUUCCAGGAGGAAGUUGGUGAUACAUGGAGGAGAUGAUAUCUAGGAACGGACCUGAUGCUGUGCUCUGUCAUCACUGGUUUUGUAUGUUUCGGUCAGGACAGGUUGUCUACAAUAAUAAAAAAAUUUCCAAAGUUUAUGGACAAAAU